AUGUCCUAUCUGUGCUGCCGCUGGCUACAAAUAAAGGAACUUUGGCUGCUGCUGCCUCAACGACUCCGGCAAUCACCACCCCUACACUCGCCGUAUCAAGGGCUUUUAACUAACACAAUAUGUGCUCCGCAUGCUCCCAGUGUCACUGCUGCGUGCCUUGGAACGUACUUCCUCAACCGGGCAGGUACCCUGCAGACAGGCACAGCCGACGGAACAGGGGAGGAUGAAGACGCUCUGAGCGACGAUUCCGAAGCCAGCGAGGCCCCACAGCCAAUGCGGUUGGAUCCAUGGAUGCUGGCCUUUCCCACCGAUGACCCCGAGCUGGGGAAGAAGAAGUGGGACUUCUGCAAGGCAAACCGUAUCAAGCCUCACCGUCUGCAUGACACCAGCCGCCACAAGAAGUACCUUUUUGCACUGCGGCGGAUGAUGUACCUUGAUGCAGCAGCAGGGCAUAGUGAUAUCAGCCCCCGCAUUGAUGAAUUUUGGCUUCUUGCAUUCGGGACUGGUUCUGAGAGCCUUUGCCUUUUCGGCUCGUUGCGGAUUCGCUUUAUUUCAACUUUUGGCUCUGGUCUUUUAGCGCAGGGACUUGUGGGUGGACAGCCGAAUUUCCAGGUGCUCGGGGCUUGGGAUGGGAUGCUUCUUUGGCAAGACGGGCAUCUCUGGUUCUCUAACUUGGAAGACUUGCACGAAGUCCACCAAAGAUUGAGUGGGUCUCAGGGUUCAGUCAGCGACAUGAGGAAGCAGUGCAAACGAGCCCUGGCGCUGAAACAGAAGCUUUUGCUAAAGUUCCUCAGCGGCGACGCGCUGCAGAAGUACAAGGUGCACAUGCAAAAGAGCCCGCAGGAGCUGGAAGCAGAGGCCCCUGCUUCCUUCCGGUUCUCCAAGGAAAAAGGUCGAAAGGGCGCGAGUUUUCCGACCGCGCGAUGGGGGUCUCUUUUGUAUGCAGGACCUGGAACUAGAUGCGCUUGUCAAACGCAGCACGUUGCAAAUGCAAUGCGGCAUGCAUUUCGUCAUAAAGUCUGUUCUGCGCCGAGCUGA